CGAAUCCCAAAUUUUGCGAUUGAUGUUUUGUUGUUGUUGUUAACUUGUUGAACAUCAUUUCGUUUGUGGGAUGAGUCGGCGAGGUUAACUUUGUUAGUUUUGUUGUGCUUUCCUUAAUGGUGCACAAAGUUCGAUAUUUGAAUGUAGUAAAACCCAUACGGAUUAUUUAAUGCUUAAUUUUCGAUGUUUAAAAAUGUAGCUAAUUUUUGCUGAAAAAUAGAGAAUGAGAUAGAAUUGAAGAGAAGAAUACAUGUGGAAGAUCUUGAUUAGUAUGUUGUGGAUUCAUAGCCAACUCCCAAAUUUUGGGGCUGAUGUUUUGUUGUUGUUGACUUGGUUGAAUGUCAUUUUGUUUCGUGGGAUAAGUCGUCAAGGUUAACUUUGUUAGUUUGUCAGUUUGUUGUGCUUUCUUGAAUGGUGCAUGAAGUUCGAUAUUUGAAUGUAGUGAAACCUAUAUUGAUUGUUUAAUGCAUGAUUUCGAUGUUUAAAAAUGUAGCUAGUAUUUGCUGAAGAAUAGAGAAUGUGAUGCGGCUGAGGCUGGUAGUAGUAGGGAAAUCAUGUUGUGAUUAGAGGGGGUGACUUUUGAGGCUACUAUAUGUGUUGGGAAGUCGUCGAUCUUUCACUCAACUGGUUUUGUCUGAGAAUUUGUUUAAAAAUAUGAUAUAAAGAAUAUUAUUAGUUUGUAGAAAAAUCGAGGAGGGUGUGAGUGAUUUUGCAAGCUUGGUUUACUAUAAACCCAGUUUGAACCUAUAGUUCAACAAAUUUUUGCUUAUAUGCAGAACCUGUGGGGUUUUACUUAAAGCCUUUAUUGUCUAUUCCAUUUUGGAUCCCUCCUAAAGGUUGGCUAUUUUUGGUGUUGGAAAAUCUGCUCUAAUCUUGGGAGUUGAUGUUAGUUCUUCGUUUGUUGCACCUCUUUAAGAAGAUAUGGCCAUUCUAGAGAUGUAUGGGUCUGACAGUUGCUCCUGUUGUUGUUUCGUAUGUUUUGGCAUCAAAUGAUGGGUUGACAAGUAAUGGGCUCAUUCCUCAGUUAUUUACCUCUGUACCAACACUAAAUGAAGCUGCAUCUUAUAUAGCACAAACAACUUCUAUAUUUACUGGUUGUUUCUCUGAUAAUUCUGUAGAACCCUCUAGAGAUUCUAGGAAUCCCAUUGUACAUGCACAGGAGUUAGAAACGUUUUCUUGUGGACAACCUAGGGGACAUGUGGCUUCUAUUUGUGAUCUCCCGUCUUCAAGUGGAAGCCAUCCAACAACGCAUGCUGAAUCAUCUAAUACUGCAACUGCUGCUCCCAUAAAUGGUGAAAUAACAAGGACAUCUACUAGAGUGGCAUCCGAAGAUGCUAGCGCACAUGAAGAAUCUAAUCCUACUGGAGGAAUUGGAAUUUCCAUGUUUAAAAGCCUUAUUGACCGGGCUCGUCGAACUGUUCGUGGGUCUGCAGAUGAUAUAGGAUGGCUACAACGUGCUUCAGGAAUGCCACCAGUUGAAGAUGGAACUGAAAGGUUCACGGAAAUUCUUGACAAUAUCCGGCAUGGUCUUCAUAAGUUGCCAAACUCAAUGGUGUACUUACUUGUUCCAGGUCUAUUCAGCAACCAUGGACCACUUUAUUUUGUUAAUACAAAAAUGAGUUUCUCCAAGAUGGGUUUGGCCUGUCAUAUUGCCAAGAUUCACAGCGAGGCUUCCGUUGAGAAAAAUGCCAGAGAGAUAAAGGAGUACAUUGAGGAAAUCUAUUGGGGUUCUAGGAAACGUGUUUUGCUUCUUGGACAUAGCAAAGGCGGAGUAGAUGCAGCAGCUGCCUUAUCAUUGUAUUGGCCUGAUUUGAAAGAUAAGGUUGCUGGAUUGGCAUUAGCACAGAGUCCAUAUGGUGGUAGCCCCAUACCUUCAGAUAUCUUGCGAGAAGGACAGCUUGGUGAUUAUGUCAAUGUACGGAAACUCAUGGAGAUUCUGAUCUGUCAAGUGAUUAAGGGUGAUUUGCAAGCUUUGGAAGAUUUAACUUACGAGAAGAGGAGAGAAUUUUUGAUGAAACACCAAUUGCCAAGAGAACUCCCUGUGGUUUCCUUCCACACAGAAGCUGGCAUUUCUUCUACUGCUUUAGCCACAUUAUCUCAUGUUGCACAUGCUGAACUACCCACAGUUUCUCCCCUAUCUGCAAGUGAUCAACCUACAAAACUUGCAGUGGUAAUUCCCCUUGGUGCUGUAAUGGCUGCAUGCGCCCAGCUGCUGCAAAUCAGGUAUGGUGAGAAGAGCGAUGGGCUUGUCACAUGUCGUGAUGCCGAAGUCCCUGGAUCCGUUGUAGUUCGUCCAAAACGUAAAUUAGACCAUGCUUGGAUGGUGUACUCAUCAUUGAAUGAUGACCCAUCUGAAGCAGAUGCCUCCCAAGUGUGCGAGGCUCUUAUGACAUUGGUGGUGGAAGUUGGGCAGCAAAGGAGGCAUGAACUUGCAAUGAAAGAUGAAUGAGGCCAGUGAGGCUGUUCUUUUUUCUUUUAUAUAUUUUUUUUUCCUCUUCUGCAAUCACUCAGAACUAGUUUAGAGUCUGCUAAAUUUGUGUAUAAAUAUAGAUGAUACCCACUUUAAUAUGUUUAAAAAUUUGUUGAAACCAAAACGUAAGUCAUAGUCAACUAGUAUACUAAUUUGCACGGA